CUUAAUUUUUUUCUUAGAUAAAAGAGAAAACUAGUACCAUACCAAUGGCGUGUGUAAAUUAUUGGCUACACUCACCAGCCAUUUCUCACCCUAGCCCCCGCCGGGAUACUCUGCCCACGCACUUCCGGCCAUUCGAUCCGUCCAUUUUCUCCAAUAAUUACACAUACAAACCUCUCGCCAUAUCUGCUGUUCAAGCACAACCAAAACGAAGACUUUUACAGAAAAACAACGAAAUUAUGGAGGAACCAGCUUCACCGGCCGAUGUGCAAUUUGAAGCUCCCCUUAAAAUUGUGUUAUAUCCGGACCCAAUACUGAGAGCAAAGAACAAACGUGUUGAUACCUUUGAUGACAACUUGAAGAAGUUGGUAGACGAAAUGUUUGACGUUAUGUACAAAACUGAUGGCAUUGGGCUCUCAGCACCCCAAGUUGGGAUUAAUAUUCAACUUAUGGUGUUUAAUCCUGUUGGUGAACGAGGCGAAGGAGAGGAAAUUGUUCUUGUAAAUCCACGAGUCACCAGAUAUUCUAAAAAGUUGGCUCCAUUUACAGAAGGCUGCUUAUCCUUUCCAGGGAUCAAUGCUGAUGUGGUGAGACCAGAAUCUGUCAAGGUUGAUGCACAAGAUAUUACUGGUGCCAAGUUUUCAAUUAGCAUGUCGCACCUUCCUGCCCGGGUUUUUCAACAUGAAUUUGAUCAUUUGGAGGGAAUUCUCUUCUUUGAUAGAAUGACUCCAGCAGUUGUCGAUAGUAUCCGCGCAGAACUACAGGCAUUGGAACAGAAAUACGAGGAUAAGACCGGACUAAAGAGGCCUGAAAGUAUUGAAUCCCGCAAAAGAUGGAAGGCAGCUGCUGGAUUUGGACGAUCUUGAUUAGAGUAUGGACAUUAUCGUAAUUAUAUGACAUUUAAACCAUUUCCUAUGUAUACUUAUCAUUCCUGUAGGUGGUUAUAUAUAGAAUUGCAGAAGUGUGUUAUGAUUUCACAUUUAUGUGAAACUUACAUAUGUAUUUUACAGCCCAGCCAUAAGAGAGUGAUUAGCAUUUCUAGCCUGCA